GUGGUCUUAACUCAUGGUUUGAGCUCACUUUCACUUUCUUAUUCAGCAAAACCACACUACUUCAGCUUGCUAUGCUAUGCGAUAACUCUGAACACUUUCUCCCAGUUCAAACCCGCUUUUUCCUGCGCCAUGGCCGACCUAGCAACUGAACAAAAACCAAACGACAAUGGAUCUUAUGAAAACGACUCCACCGAGCUAAGUGGCUCUCACCAUAAUGACGACCACUCCGACGAAACCGCCCCGCGCGACCGCAUCAUUAGCGUCCUCCCUCCGGACAACGACACCACCGUCGCCUACGUGGGCUCCUGCAUCACGGACAAUUCCAGCAGUGCUCGAGAAGAUGGCGACAACGACAAAGACCAUGGGGCCAAAGUCAACAAAUACCAUGUUCACAUCGAGGAGGACAAUGAUGGCAAACACUACCUCAUAUUCUUUGGUAACCCUAGCGCGACGGAGUGCGACGAGCCCGAGUCAACAUCUGUUCUCCAGUCGCCUUCCGCACCUGGCCCGUUCAAACACUGCCGCAUGACCAUGUCUGAAGGCAAGCAGAAGAGCGUUACCUAACAAAAAGGAAGCGACUGUCAUCACCCGCAUCAAGGUGCCCUUCUUCCAGCUCGCCCAUCAACAACAAUGGCGACGACAGCAUCAAAUUAGAGGGCCGGGCGUUGUCGGUCGAGUCUUACCCCGAAGAAUUGGUCUAAGUGUUAGAUCUCCAACACUAAGACAAGCAUACAAUGAGACGGGGCUUGUGCUUCAUGUAGCUUGGGUUCAGUUGACGGGCUGGGCAUAGUUGUAUAUACUAUCAGCAAAUCUGGAACAGGAAUUGCAUGGAGUAGGGUGGGAAUCCCGCAGAUGAAAGACCGAUUGAUAAUUAUAUCAUGUUUGUCA